AUGGAGAUGCGAAAGAUCUCUCUUAUCUUGUUCUUGACUCCUUUCAUGAUCGCACAAAGGGUUUUCAUAGAUGGCCAGCCAGCCUACAAACAGCUACCUCCGUGCGCAGAGGUACCCUUGAGCGGCAUCGUUCGCGACAUGCGCUCCGGCUGUGGCGACGGUCAGAAGACCACGUCUUACAACUGUUUCUGCACCGCCAGCUCGUCCAAGUUCAGCAGCAUCAUCAGUACCGCUGUUGCGUCAUCCUGCGCAGCAAAGAACACUGUGGACCCGGUGUCGGCUGCGAGCAGCGCACUCGAUGUCUUCAACAGCUAUUGUCAUGGUGUGUUCUUUGAUUUCUCUGGCGCAAUCGUCGUAUGA